UACAAUCGGCCAUUUCGUCGGCACAGACCAUCAGCCGCAGAGGGCACCGGGGAUACAUCCAGUCUACUGCUCAACCUGAAAGACACACAACACCACCAUGUCUGAAACCGCCAUCUCCUUCGCCAAGGACUUCCUGGCUGGUGGCAUCUCCGCCGCCAUCUCCAAGACAGCCGUCGCCCCGAUCGAGAGAGUGAAGCUUCUUCUUCAGGUCCAGCAUGCCAGUAAGCAGAUCACCGCUGACAAGCAGUACAAGGGUAUCAUGGACUGUGUUACCCGUAUCCCCAAGGAGCAGGGGUUCCUUUCCUUCUGGAGAGGUAACCUUGCCAAUGUCAUCAGAUACUUCCCUACCCAGGCCCUCAACUUCGCCUUCAAGGACAAGUACAAGAAGGUCUUCCUUGAUGGCGUCGACAAGCGCACCCAGUUCUGGAGGUAUUUCGCCGGUAACCUGGCGUCUGGUGGCGCCGCCGGAGCCACCUCUCUGUGUUUCGUGUACCCCCUCGACUUCGCCCGUACCCGUCUGGCAGCUGACGUGGGAAAGGCUGGAGCUGGGCGAGAGUUCAAUGGCCUGGGCGACUGCCUGGUGAAGAUCUUUAGGUCUGAUGGUCUGAAGGGCUUGUACCAGGGCUUCAACGUGUCCGUGCAGGGUAUCAUCAUCUAUAGGGCUGCAUACUUCGGCAUCUACGACACAGCUAAGGGUAUGCUUCCUGAUCCUAAGAACACCCACAUAUUGGUGAGCUGGAUGAUUGCACAGUCCGUGACAGCUGUUGCUGGCCUGACCUCGUACCCCUUCGACACUGUCCGUAGGCGUAUGAUGAUGCAGUCCGGACGCAAAGGAGCUGACAUCAUGUACAGCGGGACCAUCGACUGCUGGCGCAAGAUCGCACGCGACGAGGGCGGCAAGGCUUUCUUCAAGGGAGCCUGGUCCAACGUGCUCCGAGGCAUGGGUGGCGCCUUCGUGCUGGUGUUGUACGAUGAGCUGAAGAAAGUCAUGUGAAUCUUCAUGUUGUCACAUCACUGUCCAAUUUGGCUAACUGUAAUAAUUUUCCAUUCUAUGGACUCAGCAUUCUGCCUUAUUUAUGGGAACAAAAGUUUAGUGUCUCAUCACUAGCCGUGGGCGAUGGCUGUAUGUUGUGCAUCUUUUUAUGAUUUUAAACGUUCCACACCAUCUUUACAAUGUCAUUCCUGUAAAAACUGAUACCUCCUGUCACUAUGGUCCCAACUUGAAUAAAUUUAUUCUGGGGAACAACUAUA